AACAACAUCCUCUUGACAUUCCAUCCCGUUAAAAACCAACAAGUCAUCUCGCUUUCUUUUUCUUCUCUUUUUCUUCAUAUCCGUUUGAACACAGUCCCUACCAAAAUCUCCCCAAACACCUGCUUUUCCAACCCCGAAAAGAUUUCAACAAUCCGAUUUUUCCCCAACCCACUUCACACUCAGCUUCUCCGCUACUCAACCGCCCCCCCUCUCUCUCUCCUCCCAAUUUUCUCACUCUAAUGGAGACUACUCCGUAGUCCCCAUCAAAAUCACACACCUCAAUUCUCACCUCCCCUGUUUCAAUGGCAGAUUCCGUCGGAACCCACAGCUCCAAAAAAUCUCCAUUUCUCAGCCUCAGGCUCUACAUUGUCAUCGGAAUAUGCUCCGCAUUCCUCAUCGCAUCCUUCCUCCUGAUCUUCCUCUGUUUCUUCUCCAAACGAAGGGCGAAACGACGUCGAACCAUCCUGAAGCACGGCUCAGGCUCGUUGCCUCUAGUUUCCAAGGAUAUCACCGAAAUCAACAGCUCCGAUAGAACGGAGAUUAAGGUGGAGAGCGGGGGCAAAAAGGGAAGUUCUGAUCAGAGCGAGUUUUCCGGUGGGAGUCAGAGCGAGACGACGACGUCGUCCUCGGCUGUGUCGUCGGUGGAUGGGGGGAACAUCGGGUGGGGGAGGUGGUACAGUUUCAAGGAACUGGAGACGGCUACGGGUGGAUUUUCCGACGAGAAUGUGGUGGGUGAAGGUGGUUACGGGAUCGUGUACAGAGGAGUUUUGCUGGACGGGUCCGUGGUCGCUGUGAAAAGUCUUCUUAAUAACAAGGGACAAGCUGAGAAGGAGUUCAAGGUGGAAGUAGAAGCAAUUGGAAAAGUUAGGCAUAAGAACCUCGUGGGACUGAUUGGGUAUUGCGCAGAAGGUGCUAAAAGGUUGCUCGUGUACGAGUACGUAGAAAAUGGCAAUUUGGAGCAAUGGUUACACGGUGAUGUAGGCCCUUGUAGCCCUCUAACCUGGGAUGUUCGAUUGAAGAUUGCUAUUGGAACCGCGAAAGGAUUAGCCUACUUGCAUGAAGGCUUAGAACCGAAAGUUGUACACCGCGAUGUCAAAUCUAGUAACAUUCUUCUGGAUAGGAAAUGGAAUGCAAAAGUAUCCGAUUUUGGACUUGCCAAGCUCUUGGGAUCCGAAAGUACCUACGUGACUACACGAGUGAUGGGAACAUUCGGAUAUGUAUCCCCAGAGUAUGCCAAUACAGGUAUGCUCAACGAGGGGAGUGAUGUGUACAGCUUUGGAAUCCUACUCAUGGAACUAAUUACUGGAAAGAGUCCAGUUGAUUACUCUAGACCACCUGGAGAGAUGAACUUGGUUGAUUGGUUUAAAGGAAUGGUUUCAAGUCGGCGUGGGGAAGAGGCGUUGGACCCCCGGAUCCAAGUACAGCCCUCUCCUAGAGCUUUGAAGCGGGCGUUGUUGGUUUGCCUUAGGUGUAUAGAUUUGGAUACCGAAAAGCGGCCGAAAAUGGGGCAAAUUGUGCAUAUGCUAGAGGCAGAUGAGUUUCCUUUCCGAUCUGAACCGCGUACAAACAAAGACACAGCUCCUCUCCGAUCCCACGAGGCUGUCACCUGUAAAUUUCCGAAUGCAUUAAAGGAGACAGUGGGUGGUGAUGUGCAAAGAUCAAAACGGAGAUGAUCAUUUUCUGCAGCACGGAACGGUAUAGCAAUAAUUUUGUUGUGUUCAAAUUGAUCGUUUCGAGAUAUUAUCGAUGUAUGGAGGAGGGACUACAGUACUUGUGUUUGAACAAAGGUUUCUCUUGUUUAAUAAAUGAGAUGUUAUGACCUUUGACGUAAACCUUGUAAAUAUAUAUACUGAUUUCUAUAGCAUGUAAAAUGUAUAAGCUUAUUCUUUCUGCAGUUAUCAAAGUUGCUUUGGGAAA